AUGGAUAUGCCAACUUGUAAAUAUCUUUCACGAGACGUAGAUGCCAACAUCACUGAGGCACGACUGAUUUGUUUUUGUCGUUGGUUCAAGCAUGUCGAGGAACCAUGCAACAAUGCGUACGUAAGAUCCAAAGCGCUGGCAUUUCUAAUUUACGAGGAGAACGUUCAUCAGGUGAGUCAGUUGCUUUCGCGAAAGAGGAACAGUCGUUUUUAUGACUCGAAGGGUCUGGACAUCUGA